GGGGCGGGGCCAGGCGACAGUGGCGGGCGAGCGGGCAGGGGGCCGCAGCGGGAGAGCAGCAGGGCCGCCGCCAUGGCCACCGCGGAGCUGGAGAAGCUGCGGAUGUCCGGGGCCGGCAAGGCCAUCGGGGUGCUGACCAGCGGCGGCGACGCGCAAGGCAUGAACGCCGCCGUCAGAGCCGUCACACGCAUGGGCAUCUACGUAGGAGCCAAAGUCUUCCUCAUCUACGAGGGCUACGAGGGCCUUGUGGAGGGAGGUGACAACAUCAAGCCAGCCACCUGGCUCAGUGUCUCCAACAUCAUUCAGCUGGGUGGCACCGUCAUCGGCAGCGCCCGCUGCCGGGCCUUCACCACGCGGGAGGGGCGCCUGGCGGCCGCGCUCAACCUAAUACAACGCGGCAUCACCAACCUGUGUGUCAUCGGUGGGGACGGCAGCCUCACGGGAGCCAACAUCUUCCGCUGCGAGUGGGCGGGGCUGCUGGACGAGCUGGUGGCCGCAGGUCGGCUGUCGGAGGAGCAGGCCCAGCGCCACGCGGCCCUGAGUGUGGUGGGCAUGGUGGGCUCCAUCGACAACGACUUCUGCGGCACUGACAUGACCAUCGGCACCGACUCCGCCCUGCACCGCAUCAUGGAGGUCAUAGACGCCAUCACCACCACCGCCCAGAGCCACCAGAGGACCUUUGUGCUGGAGGUGAUGGGGCGGCACUGUGGGUACCUGGCCCUGGUGUCUGCCUUGGCGUCGGGGGCCGACUGGCUGUUCAUCCCGGAGGCCCCCCCGGAGGAUGGCUGGGAGGACUUCAUGUGUGAACGGUUGGGUGAGACCCGCAGCCGGGGGUCCCGCCUCAACAUCAUCAUCAUCGCAGAGGGCGCCGUAGACCGCCACGGGAAGCCCAUCUCCUCCCGUUACGUCAAAGACCUGGUGGUGCAGAGGCUCGGCUUUGACACGCGGGUGACGGUGCUGGGCCACGUGCAGCGGGGUGGCACACCCUCUGCCUUCGACCGCAUCCUGAGCAGCAAGCUGGGCAUGGAGGCUGUGAUGGCCCUGCUGGAGGCCACUCCCGACACGCCCGCCUGCGUGGUCAGCCUCUCGGGGAACCAGUCGGUGCGGCUGCCCCUCAUGGAGUGCGUGCAGGUGACCAAGGAGGUGCAGAAGGCCAUGGACGAGAAGCGCUUCCAGGAGGCCAUCCAGCUGCGCGGACGGAGCUUUGAAAACAACUGGAACAUCUACAAGAUGCUGGCUCACCAGAAGGAGUCCAGGGAGAAGACCAACUUCCGCUUGGCCAUCCUGAAUGUGGGCGCCCCGGCGGCUGGCAUGAACGCGGCUGUGCGCUCGGCUGUGCGUACCGCCAUUUCCCAGGGCCACUCGGUGUGCGUGGUGCAGGACGGCUUUGAGGGUCUGGCCCGGGGACAGGUGCAGGAGGUGGGCUGGCCCGACGUGGCCGGCUGGCUGGGGCGCGGCGGCUCCAUCCUGGGGACCAAGAGGACGCUGCCCAAGGGCCACCUGGAGCCCAUCGUGGACCAGCUCCGCGCCCACAGCAUCCAGGCCCUGCUGGUCAUCGGCGGCUUCGAGGCCUACGAGGGGGUGCUGCAGCUGGUGGAGGCGCGCGGCCGCUACGAGGAGCUGUGCAUCGUCAUGUGCGUCAUCCCCGCCACCAUCUCCAACAACGUGCCGGGCACCGACUUCAGCCUGGGCUGCGACACGGCCGUCAACGCCGCCAUGGAGAGCUGCGACCGCAUCAAGCAGUCGGCCUCGGGGACCAAGCGACGCGUGUUCAUCGUGGAGACCAUGGGCGGCUACUGCGGCUACCUGGCCACCGUCACCGGGCUGGCCGUGGGGGCCGACGCCGCCUACGUCUACGAGGACCCCUUCACCAUCCACGACCUCGAGGCCAACGUGGAGCACAUGACGGAGAAGAUGAAGACUGAGAUCCAGCGGGGGCUCGUGCUGAGGAACGAGAAGUGCCACGAGCACUACACCACGGACUUCCUGUACCACCUCUACUCCUCCGAGGGCAGGGGCGUGUUCGACUGCAGGACCAACGUCCUGGGCCACCUGCAGCAGGGUGGCGCCCCCACCCCCUUCGACCGGAACUAUGGCACCAAACUUGGGGUGAAGGCCAUGCUCUGGGUGUCUGAGCAGCUGCGGGUGGUCUACCGCAAUGGGCGCGUGUUUGCCAACACCCCUGAGUCGGCCUGCGUCAUCGGGCUGCGCAAGAAAGCCGUGGCCUGCAGCCCCGUCACCGAGCUCAAGAAGGACACGGACUUCGAGCACCGCAUGCCACGGGAGCAGUGGUGGCUAAACCUGCGGCUGCUGCUCAAGAUGCUGGCCCACUACCACAUCAGCAUGGAGCACUACGUGUCGGGGGAGCUGGAGCACGUCACCCGCCGCACUCUCAGCCUGGACAAGGGCUUCUGAGCCGCUGGGGGCUGUGCGGCCGGCCCGUCACCCUCUCGAGGAACAAAGCCGGGCGGUCAGGGAGCCGGUGCGGGUGAGGUGCCGGACCAUCAGGCGGGAGGUCCCGAGCUCAACCCCCGGCAACAUGUGGGCCAGAGAUGUCUGGUUCUCUCUGUCCUAUCUUUCUCGUGAAUAAAUGAAGUCUUCAGAGAUGAA